AUGUUUUCAAAAGGAAAUUUGAAAAAUCCGAAGGAAAAACAACAGCAACAGAAACAAAGACAACAGCAACAAGAGCGCCAACUCCAACAAUCACAAAACCAACAACAACAACAACAACAACAACAACAACAACAACAACAACAACAACAACAACAGCAGCAGCAGUAUCAUCAACGAGAAUUUCAACUUCAACAAGCUCCGCAACAACAAUCAACAACAAAAAAGGAGGAAAUUAAUAUUAAUUCAGGACGAAUCAGUGAACGUUUGAUAAUUCGUACAACAACGUUUACAGGCCAACGAUUACGAUAUACUCGACCUUUCCGAUCAGCUGAACCACGAUCAUGUCAUUCAAAACGUUAUCAAAAAUGUCACUCUGAUGGUACUUCUCAUCUCUCCACUCUGAGAAAUUUCGUUGAAAAUCACCCGAUAACAAUGAACACUCGAAUCGAUCGGACGUUUCAAUCAACUUCGUCCAUAAAUGAUCCGUGUGAUUUAUUUGAUAAAAAAGACUAUAAAAUAUUUACAAAAGCCUUAUCAUCGAAAAAUUUUGUUUCAAAUAAUGAUGGAAGUAAAAGUAAUGAGAAAUUGAUUGCUUCCAAGCGUGAUAACCUAUCGAUUGAUAAGAGUGGUGGUAAAAACACCGCUUAUUGUUCAUUUGCUCAACGAUUUCGAGAAAUGAAACCGAUAACUUACGAUUGUCCAAAGAAGAUAACUUCAAUAUUACAGUCCGGAAUGGCCUCUACUGUACCGUCGACAAUAACUACUUUAAAUAGCGACAAAAAUUCAUCACCAAUAUUCAAAAAAUCUCGACAACAAGUUAAGAAGAGUGGCGUUUUCUACAAACAAACACAAUCAUUACCGCCACUGAUUGCAAAUGAUAAAGAUUAA